AUGGCGACGCGGCCGGGGGCGAGGCGGCGGGGCGAGCUUACCGGCAAGGGCGAGAAGGGGGAGCGGGCGCGCAUCACGUGGCUGGCGUGCGAUUUGUGCGACAAGUGGCGGCGCGUCGGGCUGGCGAAGAGCUCCGCUGUCCCCGAUCGGUGGACGUGCGCCGAGAACGGCGACGCGCGCUACGCGUCGUGCGACAUCGACCGGUUGCUCGGCCUCGCCGACACGCCCGACAAGCCGUGCCCAGCCGCGGCGGCGGCGGUGGCGAGGCCGGCGGAUGAGGUUCCCGGCCGCGGCGCCUCCCUCGGCGAGGUGCUCGAGGGGCUCGUCGCGGCGUCGGAUGCGUCGCCCGAGGAGGCGCGGGCGGUGCAGUGGCAUCUGGCGCGGGCGGUGCAGUGGCAUCUGGCGAACCUCGAGUACGGCUGCGCCGCGUCGCUCGGCAACGUCUCUCUAGCGUGGUGGGACCAGGCAAACCAAUUAAUCGAAUUCGCCCCGCUGGCAAGCAGUAGCCACCUAGUUCACGACGACGAGCAUACCCUCACCGGCGACCACGCCGUCGUCAGCGACGGGUUCGGCCGCAUGGUGGGACGGGGGCUGGCCGCGUACUCCGAGGUGCUGCUGCAGCGCGAGGUGUCUCUGGUCGAGCACGGCGACUGGGGCGCGCGCGUGCACACCAAGGCGGGCGGCGAGGGCUUGGUCGCCGACGCCGUGCUGGUCACGGUCCCGCUGGGCGUGCUCAAGGCCAAGACCUAA